AUGGCAAGCAAGGUCGACCGUAUCGUGGCUGGGUUGCUGGAAACGAUUGCCGCCGGCGACUACUACAAAGCACAUCAGGACGCCAACUCCAAGGCCAUCCGCUACAUCCACAAGAAGGACUGGACGGCGGCCGUCGACAUUCUCUACAGCGUAGCCCAGGCGCUCCUCAAGGCCGGUAACGGUGGCAGCGGCGGCGACUUGUGCAACCAGCUGGUCGACGUCUACAAGCAGGCCGGGCUCAAGCCGAACGAGAAGAACAAUGGACGGCUAUGCACCCUGCUGCGCUUCUUUGACAGCGAGGAGCCCACGCGCAAUGAAUUUAUCAAAAAGAUGUUGGGGUGGUCGGCUAACGACCCCGAACUGCACCACGAGGUCGGCUCGCUCUACGCCGCAGAGCACAACACGGACGAGGCUGAGAAGCACCUGAUCCGCGGCACAGAAAAAUCGGCCGGGGUGCUCUUCAGGAUGGAGUACGCGUGGUACAAGGAGUCGGGCAAGGAGUCGGUCGAGCGCGCGGCGUGGUACGCCGCACGCGCCGUCCUGCCGAACCUGCUAGUCGGCAACGUGCGCGACGCGAACACCUGCUAUCGGCUGUUCGUCGACACGCUACGCGCAGACCACCCUAAUCUGACUGUAGAGGACGUGCCAGCGCCACCGGGCUCGGGUGCGGAGGUGCUGCAUGUGUUCUCGGACCUGCCGCUGCUCAACUUUCUGGGCCUGCUGCUGCUGACGGUGCAGCGCGGCGCGCGCAAGAUGUUUCUCAAGCUCAAGUCCAACUACACGGCGCAGAUUAACGAGGUCGAGGGCGGCGACUGGGACGAGGCGCUGGAGAGGAUUGAGGAGAAGUACUUCAGCGCCCCGAGGCCGGCGCAGAGUGACCCGCUCAUGGACAUGAUGAGCAGAGUGUUUGGCGGCGGUGGCGGCGGCGGCGCGGGCGGCCAGCCACCGCAACAGAAGGGGAGACCUGCACUCCCGGCCGAUGCAGUCGACUAG